AUGGCCAAGCAGCUGGAGAAAAUGAAUUGUUCCGUCUUGGAGGAUCAUGACAACAGACCAGCAACUGCAGAACCAGCCCCCCAACCUCCAGCCACUAGAAGAAAGGAGAGGCCUAACCUUUCUGCACCUCAAGAGGACACCUGGAGUCCAGAGUCCAUUCGUAUCCUUCUGGAUGUGUGGGCAUCCUCUGACAUCCAGAGUAUGAGGAUAGCUGGGAAGAAACUGCGAAACAUCUGCAAGGGGAUAGCCAAUCGUUUACAAAUGCAGGGUGUGCAGUGUAGCUGGGUGCAGUGUCGGAACAUGAUGCUAUCCUUGGAAGAUAUGUACUGGAGUAUCCAGGAGGCCAACCAGAACAAGCAGGGGGACCCCAUCAUUCACCCAUUUCAUGAAGGUUUGGAAAAAGUUCUGCCCUUCAUAUAUGCCUGUCCUGAAGGCCAUAAGGAUGAGCCCAAAGUUUAUGAACCUUCAGGUAAGAUUGAGGAAAAUGGAUUUAGCAGCUUCACUCUGCUCAGGCAGGGAACUUAGGGGACCCAAGAGUCCCAGUCUCUAUUCUUCCUGAAGGGCACUAGGAAGGGUCAGAAGGGUGAAAUGUCCUUCCCAUGGUUUUCCCGCCUAGGGCUGAUAACACC